AGUCAGUCAACUCUUAAGGAAAAGAUUCUCCGCAGAAUUAAUCAGUAAUCAUUGCUCAUAACAGUGACCAAUUUCUACCACAUACACCUAAACCAUAUUUCUUCUAUAUUCAGAAUCUUUCUUUUCUUUUGCAAAUUGCAAGGAUAUACUUAGCAGUCAGGAGUUACAAUCCUUGAAUAAUGGGAAAUAGUGAAUCAACAUCAGGUGAUGCUUAUCGAAAUACUCAACCUGAACUACACUCUGCAUACCCAAGAAGUUCAGUUGCCUCUAACUUUAGACAGCAAAAUCCAGUAUUCACGGACGCCAAUCAUCGGUAUCAAACCCCUGCUGGAAGCUCAUUGGAUACUGACUACCACAGGAAGAAUCGGCCUACAUACAUAGCUGAUAACUUUAAUUCCUUGGAUGAGGUCAUUGCUGCACUACGAGAAGCAGGCCUUGAAUCAUCAAACUUAAUUCUUGGAAUUGAUUUUACGAAGAGCAAUGAAUGGACAGGAAAGUACUCAUUCAAUAGAAGAAGCCUUCAUACAAUUGGCAGCACCCCUAAUCCAUAUCAGCAGGCCAUCUCUAUCAUUGGGCGUACUUUAACACCUUUCGAUGAAGAUAACUUAAUUCCUUGCUUUGGAUUUGGCGACGCGUCUACACAUGAUCAGUAUGUAUUUAGCUUUUACCCAGACCACCGACCUUGCCAAGGAUUUGAAGAAGCUCUUGCUAGAUAUAAGGAGAUUGUCCCUCAUCUGAAGUUAGCAGGUCCAACAUCAUUUGCCCCAAUCAUUGAUUGCGCAAUUGAUAUUGUUGAAAGAAGCAAUGGGCAAUACCAUGUCCUAGUUAUAAUUGCAGAUGGCCAGGUCACAAGGAGUUCUGGUAUACCCAAUGGAAAGCUUAGUCCACAAGAGCAAGCAACUAUUGAUUCUAUUGUUGCUGCAAGUGAAUAUCCUCUUUCAAUUAUUCUUGUGGGUGUUGGAGAUGGACCAUGGGAUGAAAUGCAACACUUUGAUGACAACAUUCGUCAACGUUCAUUCGACAAUUUCCAGUUUGUAAACUUCACAAAAGUCAUGUCUGAAAAUAAAGAUAUGGCAAAAAGAGAAACAUCAUUUGCAUUGGCUGCCCUGAUGGAAGUUCCAUUCCAGUACAGAGCCGCACUAAACCUACCAUAUAAAGCGUAAGGCCUACAGGUUAUUAUGCUUCAAAUUUGUUCAAGAGUACUCUAUAAAUCUUAAUCUGUACCCAUUUCCUGGUAGGAAAUCUGGAUGUACUAGAGCAAAGGCACUCCCUCCUCCUCGUGAAGUGAUAGAUCAUGAUAAUGCUGUUAAGACAGUUCCUCCUACAAACUUUGAACCAUCAGACCAGGGAUUCCCGGCUGAUCAAGUAACUCUAUUUAGUGUCACCGGUUGCUGUUAAUAGUCUUAUGAUAAUUUUCUAAAAUAGCUUUUUUUUUUGGCAUUGUAAGGUCUGCCCAAUAUGCAUGACAAAUCCAAAGGAUAUGGCUUUUGGAUGUGGUCAUCUGGUAUGUUUCCAAAUCAAAUAUGCUUGUGAUAUGUAUUGCUUAAAGCUUUGGACCUGCACCUUGUGGUAUCUUUUCUGAGGAUCAUUGAAAUAAUCUCGGACAUAAUGCAUCUGUUAGAACGGAUAUUAUGACAUCAUGCAAAAUGAUCAUUGUUGUGGACAGUAGUUCUACACUACGAAACCAUAUUAGGUGUGCGACAUUGUGGCCAAACUAAUGGAGAUCAUUCUAAGCACUGAAGAUAGUUUACCAUUGCCAGCACAACUUUUUUGCUACUUCAUGUUUGUCUUUUCCCUGACAAAACAAUCUCUUUAGUCUGACAGGCUACAUACUGCAUUUGUUCCAUUUUCUUAUCCUCCUUCCAAUUUGGUCAAUCUCUUUCUUUCCUAUGCACUGUCAAUCGAUUCUGUGAUUGAAUGCCACUACCCUAACUAUUUCGAGCCCUGGAUAUGUCUUGUGAAAGUAAGUUUUGUUGAUCUUUCAUUCCAUCUUCGAGUUUCCGGAGAUUAAAAUAGCAUGUGGUGUAUAAAUUCUGGAAGCAAGCAUGAUUCUGUAUAACUAAAUGUUGAAAACUAAGCAUCUCUUCUCUCGGGUGUGGGUUUGUGAUUGUUUGGGUUAGACUUUACUCUUUUUCAUCGCUCUCUCGUGUUUAUUUAUUUAUUUAUUUUGCUUGUAUUUUUCUUUGUGGUAAACUAGGGCACGUGACCAGUUGAUUGAUCUUAAAUGAUUUUUUCAGCCUGUAUUAAUUAUAUCAUAUUACUCAUUAGAGGUACAAUAGCAUGAAUUUUUUUUUUUUUUUUGCAUCCUGAUAAUUCAAUCUAGUACAUCUAGCUCUCAUCAGUAUAGAGCGAAGCCGUUUGUUGUUGUGCAUUGUCUGCUUCGGGAAACAGUUUUUGCAGCUUUUAUCUAGGAUCUCAAGUAUCUUUUAGCUGUUGUCUCCAUGUGUCUAUCUUCACAUUGACCUUGUGAGAUUGCAUUGAUCUUCAGCUUUGUGCAAGAAAUGUAUUGUUUGAAAGAUCAAAUGUGAAUGAAUAGUAACUAUGUAUAUGCUUGAGGCCAGUGGAUGUGAUCACAGUAGAGAUGAUUGGUUUACAGAUCAGCAGUAUCACCCUGCAGAUUUCUACUUUUGAUUCUUUGUUUAUUUUGAACAUGAACAGACAUGCAAGGAUUGUGGUGCCUCCUUGUCAACAUGCCCAAUGUGUCGACAAUCCAUUACGACUCGAAUUAGACUAUAUGGAUGAAAGAUGAAAUAUUCCGUGGCCAUCAUUUCAAGGUUUCCAUUUGAAAUUCCAGAUUUGUACAGCAAGGGUGUGUAAAAUGGAAAAGCCCUAUGUGUAUCAGGUUUUUUGUAUAUGCGUGUGCGUUGUGCAGUUUUUUUUUUUUGGUUUUCUUUUUAAUAUUUCAUUUCAAAUUAUUUCUCGAAAUAUAAAAUAAUACUCCCACCGUCCCAUAAUUAUUGUCCACUUUGCCCAAAAAAUUUUGUCCCAAAAUUAUUGUCCAAUUUGACUUUUCAUGGAUCAAGUUACACAUUUGUCCUUAAUAAAAAAAUUAUCCAUUAAAAU